CUCUCUGUCUCUCGCAUUCUCUCUCUCCACCUCUAUGCUUGAUUCCUCAUGUUACUAGUCUUUGUCACUGCUUGUUGCAUGGUGCAUAAUAUGGUUUGAGCCUCAGGACCUCUGCCUGUGCGUCUGUCUCUCUGUCUUCCAGUCUGUCUGAAUUUCUCUGCUAGAUUCAGCACUUCUCUGGUGUUGUGGACUGAGGAUCUGUUUGAACACUGUAGCAGACUCAGACUCUGCUGCAACUCUUGUUAUCCAUCUCUAAGGCGUUCCAUCUGUGUGGUGACUAGAGUCUGCUUUGGGUGAAUGCUCCUGCAUUAGGGACAGCAUGCAGUGGUCACUGCUCCCCCUGCUCCUGCUCUGUGGACUCAACUGCCUGGUGGCUCAGCGUAAGGACAAUUAUGAGGACUACGAGGAAGAAGUGGACAUCAGGCCGAGAAAGAGGACAAAUGGCAAGUCACUGAAGACCAGCUUCAUCCCCAAAAAUGGUCAAAACCUGCUAUCAGAGGACUGUGGUCUGGAGUUGGCGUUUUUAGUGGACAGUUCGGAGAGUGCCAAGGACAACCACGCUCAGGAGAAGCAGUUUGUCAUCGACGUGGUGGAGCGUCUGCAGGGGGUCCGCCUCCAGACGGGGCGGAGUCUGAGCUUUCGGACGGCCCUCCUGCAGUACAGUAGCCGCUCGUUUACUGAGCAGACCUUCCAGCAAUGGCAGGGCGUGGCCAACUUCCAGGCCCACAUCCGGGAUAUCCAGUACAUCGGCCAGGGGACGUACACGACCUAUGCCAUCACCAACCUCACCCACCUGUACAUGCACGAGUCCGGCCUGGGUGCGGUCAAGGUGGCCGUGCUGCUGACCGACGGCGAGUUCCACCCACGCAACCCUGACAUUUUCUCGGCCACAGCCGACGCCAAGAAUCAGGGUGUACGCUUCUUCAUGGUGGGCAUCACGCCGGCCGCCAACGCGCCGGGCAACGUCCAGCGCCUGCGCCUGCUGGCCAACUCGCCUGCCACACGCUUCCUGUACAACCUGCAGGACAGGGACAUCUUGGAGAAGAUAAUCAAGGAGAUUACGGCGCUGGCAGAUGAAGGGUGUCCACCUAAUGCUCCGCAGUGUGUGUGUGAUAAGGGGGAGAGGGGACCUCCAGGACCAGCUGGAAAAAAGGGUCGUCCAGGUGAUGAUGGCAGCCCAGGGCCUAAAGGGAUUAAGGGGGAAGUUGGCAACGCUGGACUUCCGGGUCGUGACGGGGGCGAGGGUAAACCGGGCUACAAAGGAGAGAGGGGCGAGAGGGGAGAGUGUGGGACUCCAGGAAUAAAAGGAGACCGAGGUCCAGAGGGUCCAGUUGGUAUUCGUGGAAGCAGAGGUCCACAGGGUGUGGCUGGCCCCCAUGGGGACAUUGGCCCUGAAGGCCCCCCAGGGAAAAAAGGAGAGAGGGGACUUUCCGGCCCACCUGGAAUUCAGGGUCUUCCGGGAGUAGGCCUACCUGGCCCAAAGGGUGACAUCGGCUUCCAAGGAAGACAAGGCCCUCCCGGUCCACAAGGCAUUGGAGAACCAGGACCACCAGGGCCUCAAGGGCCACAGGGUGUCCUGGGAGAGAAGGGCCCCCAAGGUGAAGGCUUUCCAGGCGCAAAGGGAGAAAGGGGUCCAGAGGGGUCCAGGGGUCCUAGGGGAGGCCCCGGAAUCGGCAUCAAAGGAGAUAAGGGUGAUUUCGGGCCUCCUGGGCCUGCUGGUCCACUCGGCCAACCAGGUGCUGGUAUCCAAGGAGAGAAGGGUACAGAAGGGCCGAGGGGGCCUCCAGGACUCCGUGGACCAAAAGGGGAGGGGUUUCCAGGACCAAAGGGAGAUCAGGGCUUGCCUGGGGAGGUUGGAUCGCCUGGGGAAAGAGGGGCAGGAGAGCCGGGGUCAAAGGGUGAACCAGGGUCUCCUGGGUUUGCUGGGGUACCUGGUCUUCCAGGAGAGGAUGGAGCCCCUGGGCAGAAGGGAGAAACCGGGUCAACAGGUUUAAGGGGACUUGAAGGGGCACCAGGAGUUGGCACCCAGGGAGAGAAGGGUGACCAAGGCCAGCGGGGAGUCAGGGGUUUAUCUGGCCCAUCUGGUGUGCCUGGACCCUCGGGGCCAAAGGGUGAGCCAGGUACACCUGGACGACUGGGAUUUCCUGGUCUGCCAGGACGUGCAUUAAUUGGGCCAAAGGGUGAUCUCGGUCCACCUGGUCCUUCUGGCCCGAUUGGAGAGACUGGCUAUGGACUUCCUGGUCCAAAAGGGGACCGAGGAGACCCUGGUCCAGCAGGUCCAUUUGGACCCAAAGGGGAUGGCUACCCGGGCCCUAUGGGCCCUCCUGGUCUUCCCGGGCUUCAGGGUGAACCUGGCCCAGAAGGGUUGGGCUUCCCUGGACCAAAGGGUGAUGUGGGCUUCAGAGGGCAGCCUGGCUUGCCUGGACCGCCAGGAGAGGGGGUGCAAGGACCACCAGGAAACCAGGGAAGACCUGGGCCUCCAGGUCCUGCAGGUCCCCAGGGAAUCGGUCUCCAGGGACCAAAGGGAGACCAAGGAUCCCCAGGGGGGACAGGACCGAGGGGUCCCCCAGGAGAAGGCUUCGCAGGGCCAAAGGGGGAUCGCGGUUCUUCAGGGGAGAGAGGCCUUAAGGGCAUUAAAGGAGACUUGGGAGAUGCUGGUGCUCCUGGCGAAUCAGGAAGACCUGGUGUAAAAGGAGAAGCAGGCCUUACGAGAGAAGAUGUUAUCAGGCUGAUCAAGGAGAUUUGUGGCUGUGGCAUCAAGUGCAAGGAGGUGCCCAUGGAGCUGGUGUUUGUCAUUGACAGCUCGGAGAGUGUGGGCCCUGACAAUUACAACAUCGUGAAGGAAUUUGUCACGACGCUGGUGGAUCGUGUGACCAUCGGUCGUAAUGCCACGCGUGUGGGCUUGGUCCUCUACAGUCAUGAGGCCAAACUUGAGUUUGACCUGACACGCUACAACGCCAAGCAGGACGUCAAGCAGGCCAUCCGCAACAUGCCUUACAUGGGCGAGGGCACUCUCACGGGCACUGCCAUACGCAUGGCCACACAGGCCUUCUACAGUGCCCGCCACGGCGUGCGCAAGGUGGCCGUGGUCAUCACUGACGGGCAGACGGACACACGCGACCCCGUCAAGCUGGACAUAGCUGUCCGGGAAGCACACGCGGCCAACGUGGAGAUGUACGCGUUGGGCAUUGUCAACGCCAGUGACCCCACGCAGAAGGAGUUCCUCCGUGAGCUUGACCUCAUCGCCUCCGACCCAGACAGCGAGCACAUGUACCUCAUUGAUGACUUCAACACACUGCCAGCUCUGGAAUCUAAAAUGGUCAAUCAGUUCUGUGAGGAUGAGAACGGCGCUUUGGUCCUCAACCGUGUCAAUGGCUACCUUAAUGGAUACAAUGGCAACAACGGCUAUAACGGCUACAACGGCUACAACGGCCACCGCAACCGGAUCAAUGAUGCCAACGGCCAAAACAACAACAGACAUACGCUAAAUGGGAGACACCCUCUAUCGCCCACUAACACACACAUUACUACACAUAGAGAAACACACGGAGGCACACACACAUCGUCACACUCUGAAACCCAUAGUGGAACACACACAAGAACCCAUUCCGGAACCCAUAGCGGUGCAAACACAGGUACACACACUGGAACGCAUUCUGGCCAAGACCAUUCGCACACUGUCAGCAGUGGAGGAAAAACCACAGAGCAUGGUGGUGUUGCCACCGGUGACACACAAUUACACACCAGGAUCCACAGCCAUGGCAACAGGACAUCUGUCAACAGGACGUCCACACCCACUAUCUAUGUCCCAGCACCGAAAGACCCUUUCCCUGAAGAGGUCAUCCCCCUGGACCCACGCUGUGAGCUGCUGCUGGACCCAGGGCCGUGCCGCGAGUACAUCAUCCGCUGGUACUACGACCGGCAGGCCAACGCCUGUGCCCAGUUCUGGUACGGAGGCUGCGAGGGGAACCGGAACCGCUUUGACACUGAGGCGGAGUGCAAGAAGACCUGCGUGGCCAGGAAAGCAGAUGGCUAACGCAGAGGGUCCAGUCGGAACACCUCAUCUUUGCUAUACCUCGUCCGUCGCUACCCUCCGCAACAGUGGGCAGCAGACGGCACAACAACGCCUCCGUCAGCGCAGCUCCAACAAGCCAGUCCUAACUAUGCCGAUUGGGCCUUGUGUAAAUACUAUAGUCACCAAGUCAGUCCACAUAUAGGCUAGUAAAGAUAGUCAUGUCUGACUUUCAUAUCUAAACUGUACUUGUUGUUUGUAUUUUUAUGUAUGUUUUAUACUGUAUCUUUUCUCACUGGAGUCUGUUUGGAAUUGAAAGAAUGGAGUACUGUGAUCAUUCGAUGAGUUGUUGUUUGUCAUCUGCAUACUUUUUCCAAGACAAUUUUAAGGUCAUCAUAUACACACAUGUGCACACACACACACACACACACACACACUGCCAGUAAUACACCCAUUUUGCCCAGGGCGAUACUGCAUUCGUGCAAGUCUAGUUUUACAUUGUGGUUCUCUGAGAAUUUGAAUAUAAGGGAAGUGACAUAAUAAUGAUGGGAAGGUGUUAUAAAAGCAGAACAUAUUACUCUCUCUCUCUCUCUCUCUCUCACACACACACACACACACACACACACACAAUGUCUCCGGCCAGCAAACAUGCACAUAAAUGCAUCACACACAGUCUCUGAGUAUCUGUGAAUCUAACAACACUGCUCAAGUUAAUCUUGGAAUUUUAUUUUAUUGAGAUGUUUACAAUAACAUGAGACCCUGAGCUGCAUUCUUGUACAUGAGUAUGUGUGUUUUACAAUGUAUUUCCUGACCCUAUUUUCAUAAAUAAAAUGGAGUUUUAAAUUUUA